ACAUUCAACACAUCAAUCCAUCUCUCUUUCUCAAACACAACACAGACAUCGAGCCAUGGGCAGUUUGAUCGGUCAUGUGCUUCCUGGCCUAGGUUUUUUCUUCAUUGGGCUAUGGCAAUUGAUAAACCACAUCAAGCUCCACUCCCUUAACCCGAAAUCAUACACUGCAAAGAUCUUCUUUCCCACAAAGAAGUCGAGGUAUGGCGAACUCUACUUCAUGAUGGCGGGCAGCGCAAUGUCCAUUAUGAUGGAGCUCUUCAUCGGUCCGGUCAAGCAUCAACCGUUUGAUGUUGACGGGACCAUUCCCACGACCCAUCUCCACAACUUCGAGCACGCUUCCAUCUCAUUGACCAUAUUCACUUACGCGGCUUUCGCUGUGAUCUUGGAUCGUUUUGGUCGUCCAAGUACUAAAUAUGGUAUGACUCUAUCACUCGGAGUUAUUGCCUUCUGGCAAGAAUACCUUCUCUUCCACCUCCACUCGACCGACCACAUGGGUCUUGAGGGACAUUAUCAUUGGUUCCUUCAAAUUCUCAUCAUUGUCUCGUUCAUCACCACUGUUCUCGGUAUUCCUUACCAAAAGAGUUUCUUGAUCAGCUUCGUUAGGUCAUUCAGCAUAGCUUUUCAGGGUAUUUGGUACAAUGUUAUGGGAAUAAUGCUUUGGACCAAGGGCUUGAUGCCUAAAGGUUGCUUCAUGCAUUUGGAGGAAGCUCACUACGUGGUGAGGUGUGAAACGGAUGCUGCUCUAGACAGGGCUAAAGCGCUAACCACCCUUGAAUUCAGUUGGUAUUUGGUCAUUUGUGUUAUCAUGGCAAUGGGUUUGUACUUGUACAUGAUUAAGGUUUACCCGGAAAAAGAAGGGUACGAGUCUUUGGCUAAGUACGAGUUGGAAGAUAAUCAUGACGAGAAGGAAUUGGUUGACGAUAAGGAUGAUGAUGAUACCGAAGCUCAGAAGAAGAACAGCAAACGUGGCCUCUUGAACGGAUUUAUUAAGACCGGCAAGGAAUUCAAGGAAUGAUUAUGACAAAUGAGAAGGGAGUUAUUGGGUAUAUCUAACUUAAUUAAUUAAUGUUGCUUAUGUUUAUCGAUCAAUCUGUUCAAAUUAAGCCUAACUUAGUACUAGAGUACUGAUCUAUGUUGGCUUUAAGGAGAACAGAUUUGAAUGUGUGCUUCUUUCCUUUGGUUAAUUUGCAUUCUAUGGAUUUUAAUUACCUUACUUAACUCUGUUUUAUGCU